ACGGGGAUUUGCGGCCGGGCGUCAGGUGAAACUGGCUCCGCGAGGAAAACAGGAGCCGAUGAAAGUUUCUUCGUGUGAACUUUGUGUGAAGACUUUUCCUUAACUUAUGAGCGAGUUCCCGACCGGAAGCUUCUGACGAGCGGAGGCGCUGACUUCCACAAUGAAGAGCCUGAAGUACCGGCUGAAGAAGCACGAAGUGACCAUCACAAACACAGACUGGAACAAGUAUGAUGAUCGGCUGAUGAAGGCGGUGGAACGGGGCGAAGUGGAUAAGGUGGCUGCUGUUCUCGGGAAGAAGGGCAUCAUCCCCACGAAGCUCGACGUGGAAGGCCGCUCUGCGUUUCAUUUGGCUGCGACACGAGGACACCAAGACUGUCUCAAUCUCAUCCUGGGACACAACGUUGAUGUCACUGCGACUGAUGCCACAGGUAAAAAUGCUCUUCAUCUGGCUUCGAGAAACGGACACUCGGUGUGCGUGCAGAAGCUCCUGCAGCACAACAGUCCAGUUGGAAAUGUGGACCUACAAGGAAGAACAGCUCUACAUGAUGCUGUCAUGGCCGGCUGCUCAUCCAGCGUGAAGCUUCUUUGUGACAGCGGAGCAUCUGUGAAUGCCACUGAUUUUGAUGGCAGGACACCUUUGGUACUGGCAACCCAGAUGUGUCAUUCACGCAUCUGUCAGCUGCUGCUGGAGCGAGGGGCUGACAUCACCAUACGGGACAAGCAAAACAAGACGGCGCUGAUUCUGGGCUGUGAGUACGGCUGCAAGGACGCGGUGGAGGUGUUGCUGAAAAGCGGCGCUGACGUGAAGGUGGUCGACGGCCUGGGUCAUGAUACAGUCCACUACGCGCGCCUCAGCAAGAACCAGGAGCUCGUUGCAAUGGUCAAAAGUUACUUCGACAAAGUCACCAGAGAAAAAGAAACUGCAAAGAUGGAACAGUGGAAGCGACAGCACUCAGUGGAGCGAUCAGAGGCUUCCGAGGUUAACACAAGGGAUCUGAUCAUACACGACUUGGAGAAACAGAACAACACCCUGCAGGAAAGUCUGAGGAAGUACCACCAGGAGCAGAGGACCCUGUUAGAUAAGGUCAACAUACUUCAGCAACAGCUCUCACAGGAAAAAAUGGCAUCUGAAGACACUCAAAAAGAGAAGGAUCACCUGAAAGUGUUGCUCAGUGCCAAAGAUCGAGAGGAAGGGGCUCGAGGCCCGGAGACUGUCAAAGUCCAGCUUAGGAGUACUUUGGGGGACUACUCUGGCCAGUCUGUUAUCAAAGGCAAAGAAAACAUUUUGAUCAAACAAACUCACAGCUUGGAUUCUGAUCAGCUGGUCCAGCAUCCUGCCAUGUCGCGUUCACUGUCCAGAGCCGGAGAGAAGAGUCCGCCAGCUGUAGGAUGGGACCUCUCUGGUGAACUGGAUUCGCUCCGACAUGAACUGGAGACAGUCAAAAGAAGACAACAUGCAGCAGAGGAAGAGACGGCGCGGCUUCAAUCCGCCCUGAACCGUAAAAACCGAGAGUGCCAAGAGCUGGUUCAAAACCGAGACGCCAUCCAGAGGCAGGCUGACCAGCAGAUUCAAGAACUGGAGGACGCCUUGGGAGACGUCCAGAAGCGGAUGCUGGACUCUGAGUGUAAGGUCAAACAGCUCCAAGCCCACGUAGUCGCUGUUAAGGAACACAUGGGCGGCCAGGCCACAGACGAACUGCGGAUCCAGCUCCAGGAUGUCAAAGCCAAGUAUGAAGGUGCUUCAGCAGAAGUGGGCCGCGUUCGUAACCGACUGAAACAGAGCGAGAAGGCCUUGGAGGAGUACAAGACCAGUGAAAACCAGUUAGCAACUGAGGCAGAGAGUCUGAACCAGGAGGUGGGAGUUCUGACUGCAGAACGAGAAGAACUUGCCGAAGCCCUUUUAGAAAUGGAAACCAAGUUGAAGGAGAGCCAGACUAAACAUGGCAGCACAGUACCAGCUGAGAAAUUUGACAACAUGAAAAACCUGCUGACCAAUGCUGUGGAUGAGAAGGAACGACAGCUCGCUGAGCUCAGGGAAGACUACGACCGGGUGCUGGAGGAAGUCGCAGAUCUCCAUCGAAAGCUGGACAGUCCCUCAUCCCAGGGAGGAUCAGGAGGGAUGUCAGCCGAGGAGCACCAGAGGAUACGAGCGGCUCUGGAAGAGCAAAAUGCUUCACUGAAAAGAAAACUGGUGGAUGUGACCGCCAAAAGCCAGGCCCUAAUUCAAGAGGUGGAGGAGAGUGAGGAGGAAAGGGAUAUCCUACGAGAACAGCUUGAUGAGCUCAACAGCAGGUUGGAAAUGUACUACAUACCUGUAAAGGAUCACGAAGAAGCUCGGAGGAACAUGGUCACAGCUCUGGAGGAGCUGGAAGACAAACUAGUAGAAGCUAGUGAACGUUACGGAAAAGCAGAAGGACAAGUCCAGCAGCUUCAGACCGAGAGAGCCACCCUGCAAGAGAACAUCAGGAGUUUCCAAACUGCCAGAGAUAAAAACCAGAGUGAAACGGACGUUUUGAGGUGUCAGAAUGCCGAUCUGACGAAGAGACAUGAACUACUACAGAAGAAAUGUGAAGACAGAGAUAAAGAGUGCGUACAGCUGACCACACAGAGCCAGACUCUGAAGCAGAGCCUGGAGGGGGAGUAUAUAUCCAGACAGCAGCACGAGCAAGUGAAGAUGGAGUUAAGUUCCAUGUUAGAAAGUGUUAAAGCUGAGAUGUUGAAGUUGGAAACCAAGGGAAUAGAAAGUGCGGAAGAAUUUAAGUAUUCGAAAGAAGGAAAUGAAAAGUUGAAAGCUGAGUUGGAAAAGGUUCUGUUAGACGUGAAACAGAACUAUAUGAGCAUAAAAGACCACAGAGCGACCACAGACCAUCUGAACGCUGCUGUGGUUGAGGCAGAGAAUAGAGCAAAAGAAGUGUCAGAUAUGUAUGUGUUGGCGCAGGAGGAAACAGUAAAGCUUACCCAGGAAUUAGAGGCCCAGAAGAAAGAACUUGAUACCAUCCAGGAGGCAAUUCAGUCCAAGUUUAUUCCACUGACAGCAGCUGAGGAGAAAGAACACUCCCAUAGUGCCCAGGUGAAGGAGCUGCAUGCCAAGCUCAUGGGAAUGGAAGAGAAGUACAACAGAGAACGAUCUGCUGCAGAGAGCAGCAAGCAGGAGAAAGAGAAACUAAAACUUGAGAUUGAAUCUGUUCAGCAAAGACUGGAAACAGCGUUAGUUACUGGAGAAAAGCACAAGGAAGUGGAGGAAGGGUUGAUGGGUAAAUUUGAGGAAUUGACUCAGCAGUUGGUCAGAUUAGAGCAACAGCAUGAGGAGGUUACACGUCAGAAAGGCGAUCUUCAAGAGCAGAACGCUCUCUGCAACUCUCAGAUCCAGAAUCUCCAGGAGCGUCUGAAAUCAGAGUUGACCCGAAUAUCAACGUACGACAAGGAGCUCAAAGCCCUGAACGACGCCAUGCAGCAAGCCCAGUCCGACUGCAAGAAAGCAAGAGAGACCCAGCAGGAGGAGGCCCAGAGGGUUGGUGCCCUACAGAGAGAGCUGCAGGAGCUCCGUGGGGAUCAGGCGUCUCUGCUACGACAACAGACUAAGGGAGAGGAGGCCAUGGAGGCUGAAGUCGCUCGGCUACAAAUGGCUCUCCGUGAGGAGGAGGAGAACAACGCCCAGAGGGCUGAAGAUGUGUCCGCCCUGCAAUCCGAGCUCCUGCAGGCCACACAGGCUCUGGAGGAGAUUCGCUACAAGGAAGACCAAAUGAACCAGCUGAAGAAAGAGAAGCAGCAGCUGGAGGAGGAGGUGGCCAACCUCAGCAGCAAGUUACUGAGCUUAUCGGAAAAGUGUGAGGAGGCCCAUCAGGAGGCUGCAGGAGCACGAGAGGGCGAGAGCAAGUCCAGGGUGGAGAGGGAGGCUCUCCAGGAGAAGGAACGUGCCAUCGAGAGAGAAAUCAGAGAGCUGAAGGAGAGAUACGAGGAGUCGCUGAGCACCAUCUGUGAACUUCAGAGGAGGUCAGCUCAGCAGACUGAAGCUAAAGACAAGAAGAUCACAGAGUUGCUGACGGAUGUGGAGCGCUUGAAGCAGGCGCUGAACGGUCUGUCCCAGCUGGCGUACACCAGCAACGCACCCAAUAAGAGGCAGACGCAGCAAAUCGACACACUCCACGGCCAGAUCAAGAUCCUACAGCAGCAGCUGGCUGAUGCUGAGACGCAACACCGGGAGGUGGUUUCAAUUUAUCGAACUCAUCUCCUCAGUGCAGCGCAGGGUCACAUGGAUGAGGACGUCCAGGCGGCCUCUGCAGAUCAUCCGCAUGAGGCAGGAGUUUGUGUGUUGAGCCUUCCUCCGACAAAACACGAUGCUACCGACGGACUUGGAUUCAUCAUUUUCCCAGAGUCCCUUGCUGUGGCCCCUGUGGGUGCUCAGUGUGUUUGUGUGUUUGUCUCUCAGCAAAGUUCUGAAAUUCAUUUUGUUGAAGUAUGAUUGUUCCCAGAUAUCUCCUCUGUGUUGUGGAUACAGACAAAUAACUAAAGGAUUGAUUGAUACUAAUGUGAUACUUCUAUAGAAACACAGCCAACUGGAAUUUACUUAAAACCAGUCUCUUUGUAUCAGACUAACCAGUGGAUCAUUUUGACUUCAUCAACUACCUACUGUUUAUGUAAAACACUUUAAAGUUGCCGGUACAGUUUGUGAAAAUACAAUUCCGUGCAUUUCUGUCAAAUCUUUUUCGGAAUGAAAAUCUCUGCUCUUAUAUUGUGGGUUUAACCCGUAAUAUUUGAAAGUCAUUUGAAACGUGGGUCACCUUCCACAGAUUACAUGAAAAGAUCAGCUGAAAUGUGAAAUGGACAUGAACACAAGACCACUCCUCACAUUCCCACAUGACAGUCAGCUCUCAUUCAGCGUUUUCCUAUCUAACAGCAUUUUUGCUAGAAUAGUAAAGGUAGGUUCACAUUAUUUUUCAAGUUGACCUUGAUACGAUACUCACAAGCCUGCACGGGUUCUACCUUCCAAUGAGCUAUUGGAUGAUAUAGUUAUUCCAAUGAAGAGAUCCCUUUAUAACCUAACAGUGGCCAAUCCAUAAGAGGCAAACAAUAUUUAACAACAACAAAAUAUUAAAACGUAAAUGUAUGAAAAAAUGUUUUUUCUCCUUUUUAAAAAAGGAAUGUAGACCUGCAAGUUUAAAAUACUUUGAUCAAGAAGAUUUUACUGAUAUUUAUACUUUUAUUUAGAAGAAAAGCUAAUUUUAAUUUACUUCAGAAAAUAAGAUUCAUGUUAGAUUUAUCUGACAUUAGAGUAGAACUAAAGAGGGAAUCUACAUUUAUGUAUAUACUCAUAAAUGCUUGUGGGAUUUGAAUUGAGCAGAGUACAAUGAAGUUUCUUUGAAUGUGAACCAACCUUUUUAACCAUGUUCAUGUCUGUUGUAACACUUCAGCUACUUUUUAAGUCUAAACAUUGUGUGGCGCAGUUAUUGUCCUGUGGACGUCCAAAGUAGCACAUUUUCACAAUAACCCCAAAAGCUGACCUUCAUCCAAAUCUAAAAUCCUGCUUUGCCAUUAUGGUAGAUGGUCGACAGUUUGAUGGAGAUCUCAGUUAAGUCUGGUUACGUGAGGUUCUGCUGGAUUUGGGUCGUGGAGGUGCAGUGGAGACCUCUUGCUGUGUCCCACAGAUUGCAGUGAGACGUCUUCCUUUUGUUGAAACCAGAGUGUCCUCUAGUGGAAAGACUUGGCUGGCCAGGUUGAUAGAAGCUGUAGUAAUCAGAGCGGCUCAGGGGUGAGCAGCGGUCGCUUUGGAAGCUGGAACAUCUGCACACUUGUGUCAACACUAAGCAAAACGAUUAGAAAUGAUUAGGACAUGAAUUUUGAAUAUAAAAAACAUAGCUAACGACUAAUCUCUUGUUUUGCAAUUCUUAAUUCAAACCAAACUCACUUGUUAUUUACAACAAAUGUUCCAGCUUGAGUUUGACUGUGUAAAACCUAAUGUUUGGACUUUGCAGCUUUCCUGGAGCAAUGGUUGCGUUCCCCUGAGCCGGCUCUUUGUGAGUCUUGAUGGUGUCGUGUAGUGGUGUUGUGAUGGUUGAGCGAGUCUCUUGUGCCUUUACACUGAUAUAUUUUUCAUAGCUUGUACUACUUUAAUUGAUGUACUACAGUGUGACAAUUGUGAUAUUCAGCAGGUCUGGAAGUAGAACGGCACAAAACACGUUCAGGGUAACAUUUACUGUAGGAAUCCAUUUGAUAGGAUUAGAACAGAUCUUUGUUAUGAGGAUAGACAUCCCUUUUAACGAUUAGUAUUUUUGACGCACUCCUGUCUUUUAAAGCUAACACACUUUACCAGGUUUUUGCUUUCUCUUUUUAUACUGUGGCCAAAAAAUCUGUUUACAACAACAGAUAGUUAAUGAAAACUAUACUUCAUGCAGAUAUUAGAGAGUAGCAAUAAUUCUUUUCAGGUAUCUAUCACUUUCUUCCCUAUGCUAUUUACAUUAACUGUAAAUUGAAUCCAGUUAAAUCUCUACAUAUACAUACACUGUAUACCAAACUGUUUAAAUGUGUUGUUUUCAACAUUAUUUGCGUUUGUGAAUCAAUAAUACAAAAUUAAUAAAAGUGCCUAACAUAGAAAACUACACAA